ACAUUCCCUACCCUGCAGUCCCACAUAUGCUAUAAUGCCAAAAGUAUUGGGCCAGCCCUCCAAAUCAUUGAAUUCAGGUGUUCCAACCACCUCCAUGGUCACAGGCAUGCAGACUGCUUCUACAAACAUUUGUGAAAGAAUGGGUCGCUCUCAGGAGCUCAGUGAAUUUAAACGUGGUGCCGUGUUAGGUUGCCGCCUGUGUAAUAAGUCCAUUCGUGAAAUUUCCUUGCUACUAAAUAUUCCAUGGUCAGCUGUUAGUGGUAUUAUAACAAAGUGGAAGCAACUGGGAAGAAUAGCAAUUCAGCCACAAAGUGGUAGGCCACGUAAAAUGACAGAGUGGGAUCAGCACAUGCUGAAGCGUACAGUGCACAGAAGUAGCUAACUGUCUUCAGAGUUAAUAGCUAAAAACCUCCAAACUUCGUGUGUGGCCUUCAGAUUAGCACAACAACAGUGCAUAGAGAGCUUCAUAGAAUGGGUUUAAAUGGCCAAGCAGCUGCAUUCAAGCCUUACAUCACCAAGUGCAAAGUGUCGGAUGCAGUGGUGUAAAGCACAUCACCACUGGACUCUAGAGCAGUGGAGACGUGUUCACUUGGGUGACGAAUCACGCUUCUCUGUCUGGCAAUCUGAUGGACGGGUCUGGAUUUGGUGGUUGCCAGGAGAAUGGUACUUGCCUGACUGCAUUAUGCCAAGUGUAAAGUUUAGUGGAGGGAUUGGGCUU